AUGCCUCUCUCCGCAGAAUGCCCCGUCUGUCUCGAGGACUUCCGAUUCCCGGAGGACGGUGUGUUUUUCCUCACGUGCGGCCACGGAAUUUGCGCAAGAUGCUCGCAUCUGCAGCAGUGGACGAGAUGCCCGACGUGCCGCACGUAUACGUUUGCGAGUAUCCAUCCGCCACAAAGGAUCUUCGUGCAGCUUGCACUGCAUGCUGCGGGGGCCUCUGUUGAGGAGCCUGUAGCUGCGUCGUCCGAGGUCGAGGUUGCUAAUCGCCGUACGGGGCAGGCGAUCGCGAGUGGUUCUGGGAGUAGGGUGCAGCAACUCGUCGAGGGUACCGACCAGGAGAGCGGUGCAGACGCCGAAGAAGCCUUUGAGGCGCUGGAAGAGCUCGCGGACGUCCCACACUUCGACAGUACGACGAAGUCAACAAUCCUCCGCGUAGCCCACAUCCUCGACCGCGAGCUGCGCCCCAGUCUGACUUCCCUGCGCGUUGAGCGCGCCGAGCUGCGGGAAAGCAGGUUUUCCCUUCUCGCCUGCGUCGACCAGUACAAGGACCGGGUGCUGUCCCUCGAGGGCGAGCAGGCUCGGCUAAUGGGAGCGCUGGACCAUGCAGAGGUCGCGUUGCGCAUCGCGGAGCGCAGGGCAAAGGACAGAAUGGAGGAAGUGCUGACGAUGCGUGAUGCGCUGAGGUUGUCGGGGGAUAAUAUGGACUUUUGGACCGAGCGCGCGAACGAGCUGCAGCGGGAGGUGCAGGCUCGGCAGAAGACGAUCGAGAGGCUGAAGACAGAGAACACCGACUUGGCGUUAAAGCUGGACGACUUCAAAUGUGGGGCGCCAGUGACCCCCUUGACGGACUUCCUGUCCUCUGCCACCAUCCUUGAUAUCCUCUGUUUCGUUGUUUGGCCCUCGCUGGUCGUGUUCCUCCUGACUUUCGUCAUGUCUUCCGCCACUUGUCGCCUCUGCCUCCAGGACGUCCAGUUCCCCGCAAGGUGGUUGCUCUUCCCUAUUUGUGGACACGCAGUCUGCGAGUCGUGCGCGAAUGGCUCGCUAGCCGCCUGCCCGACCUGCCACGCGAGCACGCUGGGCCACCCGCUCCUCCGCAUCAUCGGCGUGCAGGUUAACGACGUGCCGCGGCAAGCGGAGGACAGCCAACUGCUGAAGGAUAAGCUGCGGCUGCUGAAGGCCCUGGAGGAGUCGCAGGUGCAGCAGCGCAAGCUGCAGCUGGAGCUCGCCGACGCGCGGGUCACGGUGCAGAUUUUGCGAAUGGAUAUUCUGCUGCAUGAGAAAAGGAAGCUUCAAGAGGCAGCGAGGGAGUCUGCAACACAGGAUGGUGGCAUGCCACCAGGGGCGGCGAACACAGAACAGUGCUCGACUACGGUCGCGGUGCAGCGCGGUCUCAUCAACUGGGACGAGGCUCGUCGCCUCUGGGAAGGCUUGAAGGACGAGGUCAUCGUGCUGACGCCCACCUUGCAGGCGAGUGGCGUGUACCUCAAGGAAGGAAGGACACUAUCUACCUUCGUCUGCGCUCCCAUCCACACGAUGGCCCUGCAAGCUGAAUGCAGUGUAUGUUUGGAAGACGUGCACUUUCCGGAAAAGUGGCUCGUCUUCCCUACCUGCGGUCACGGUUUCUGCGAGGACUGCGCGAUCAGGUCUGGGACUGCUUGUCCUACGUGCCGCGCCCGACCCAUCGAUCAGCCCCAGGCUCUGCUUCGUCUUUUUAACAUACGCCUGAAGAUGCCGCAGGUCGCUUCCAGCGACGAACCUAUUCGUUUGCGAGUCGAGAACGCGCGUCUGAUGAGGGAGACUGGCCGCUUGAUCGACGAACUCGACGAUGCGCAGCGUCGUUUACAUGGCAGGCCGGCGAUGGUCUACCAGCAUGCGUACGGUACGAUGAAGGUUGUGGACGCCUUCGAGAAUAUUGCCGAAGACAAGCAAGUCACUAAGGCAAAAUCGAUUAUGCUCUGUCUCACCAUGCUAACCGCUGAAUGUCCUGUCUGCUUCGAAAGCUUUGAGUUCCCGAAAGACGGUGCCUUCUUCCCCGCUUGCGGUGAGGUUUCGCUUCGCCCUCCUGUACUUGCCAUAAAAGCUUACAGCAGACGUGGACGAGAUCUCACAGGGGAUGCGCAAAGCCUUACGUCCGCGACCGCGACCACAGGCUCGCAUGGUUCAGGCUCGUCGCGGGGUAUCGAGCCCAAUGUGAUUGAUGAAGACGAGGAUAAGGCUGACUCCGAGGCUGAACAAGCUUGUAAUGCAUUGCAAUCGGUGUUAGAAUGUCCGUCCCUCGACCAUGCUCUUAGCGCCAAGAUCGUUGUUCGCGACGCCUACGUUGCUGUUCUACACUUCCGCAUGGCACAUCUGAGGCUUCAGAACCACCGCCAUCGUGUCCGCGCUGAUCUCGAGCUUCGUGGCGAUCGCGUGGCGGCGCUGGAGCAGGACAACGCACGCCUGUCUGACCUUCGCGAGCUCUCUGGGGCAAUGCUUCGUGCUAGUGAAGAUCUUCGAAGACACAAGGAAACUGCCCUUGUGAUUUGCCAGGCUGACCUAAUGGGAACGAAAGAUAAAGUUACGUCGCUGACUCGGAAAGCGAGUCGAUUAGAACAGGAGAAAACAGAACAACAACGGAUUGUCGUCCAGUUGAAGGAACAAGUUCAGGCUCUAACCAAGGCCAACAAAGACCUUCACGAUUUCAAUGAGCUGUCAUUGUCGUUCUUCCACAAGUUGGGCAUGUUUACAUUCUUCAUUAUUGUCUUGUGCAUCGCGUGCGCGAUGUUCUCUGCAUAUCGGUCUCGAUAACCGGCCAAUAUUGAUGAUAUACUUUCUAUGCUCUUUUCUACUCGAAGAUCUUACCCGUGUUUCAAGUAUAUAACGGACACGCGCUUACUCAAGGCCAUACUGGCUCUCGUAGGAGGUGGCACCUCGUUCCCGCGCGUAGCCAGAUACUUUUCUGUGCUAUCCAAAUCCAUAUCGCUUGGAUCUUACAACGUCCGCUUGCCCCUCGAGACUCCAUAUAGGGCGCGAGAAGGCUAGAAAUUGAUGGGGUCCCGACCUGAAAAUCCU